AUGGCCACUCGUCACCUCCCAAUCAGAGAUCUCCACAAUACUAAUGCUACCAUGUUAUCCGACAAUCCCAUACUGGCUCCCCCUUGCGAUGACACGCCCGCAACCGCCACGACUACUUCUGUCGCUCCCACCUCCAUUUCCCCUUCUGUAGAUUCGCCUUCCCCCACCGUCCAGGUCACGCCGGGGAAGCUGACGGCGAGCACCCCCCCCGCAAGCCUUGCACCGGCUGUCUCAUUCACUCGGCCUCCAGUGACGGAUCCACCCAUCUCCUCCCCUUUAGCGCCCCACCAAGGAAAUCCUUGGGAUCUUGAAACAUCUUAUCCCGGUAACGGAGCGAGAUUCACGAGUAUCCCCAUCACUCCUCCCCGUGUCUCCGCCCAAGGCAAUACUCGACGUCUCCCGCGUGGUGGUGUGGGCCAGACCUCCCUCACUCCCGGCAGAGAAUCCUCACCAAGUCGUCUCUCAACAAUAUCAGCACUUGCUGGAUCGCAAUUGUCGCGAGUAGCUUCUGUGAGGCAUACUCGGUCUCAUUCAACUCCAAUGGGAUUCACCAGGGAUAAUCGAGGAAAACAUCAACACCACCAGCAGCAGCAACAGCGGAACGCUGCCGGGUUAUUCUCUUCCAUAUUCACGCCGUCGACUAGACAGAGUUCUCCAGAGGGGCAGGAUCCUCCACCCUCGUCGCUGCGGGCUGUUGCGUCAUCCGCCUCUGCUCUAGCUUCAGCCGUGGGAACCCCAAGGUCUGGUAACAAGGGGUUCUUCGGCUUUGCAUUUGGAAGUUCGAAUCAGCCAAAUUCCCCACCAUCAUCCCGCUCGUCCACUCGUGCGCUUUCUCCGGAUCGUGAUACUUGUCUGGUCGAUGAGUUUGCUGGCAUUUCCUUCCGUGCUCUGCUAGGGUCGUACACUGUCGAGCCUCUGGGGACUCCCGAGACUCCGGAGGAAGCACUCAAGCGAACCCCCGAGGGGCGUUUGGGAGAGCUUGCCGAAACUGCUGGAGACUUGCUGGAACGGGUUUACGAAGCGUACAAGGCUCGGACGAAUGCGCUUUCGGAUGUGAUGGACCAACAGGCCGAGGAUCAGGAUUUGUUGGAAGAAUCGAGGACCAAGACUGCAGAAUACAAGCUGCAGUUGGAACGGCUCGCCACGGAGGAGAGAGCGGCAAGAGAGGAGCAGCAGUUACGCCUCGCGGCAUACGAGAAGCGGAUAAGAGGUUUGGAGGAUGAACUGCAUCGCGAAAGGGCCAAGGCGCAGGACUUUGAACAACGGGCUGCGAUGGCUAAUCGAAGGAAGCGCGCAAGUGCAGCCAGCGACUCCGGCUUUGAGAGCGACGCAGAUAGCCUAUUCUCCAUUCGCGAGAGGGAUCGCAUGGCUAGCCCCGUAGGCUCAUUCCUGGAUACUAGCGUCGACGAAACUUCCUCCACAACAUCCACCUCGACAAUCACAACCUCCACUGCCUCUGCCGCGCCAUUAAAAUGCGACUCUUGUGCCAAAUCCCUCCACCCCGUCUCUUCCUCCGCGUCUUCCAUUGCAAGCAUGAGAAUCCCUACACCCCUCAGCCAAGCUUGGCCCCCUUCUAACAAUACCGGGAACAACAACAACAACAACAACAACAACAGCCCAACAUCAAAAUGGGGCUUCGCCGCUGCUCUCAGAGGGAAUAGGCAGACGGGCGUCUGGGGCGGGAGUGACGCGGAAAUUGUCCGUCAGGAGAAUCGUAUGCUCAGGGCUCGUGUGGGUGAACUUGAGGCUGUAGUGGACGACGUGCUGGAAGUCGUCGCUGGUCGUGGUGUUUUUUAAAUUCCUUCCUUUUCCAGUCUUUCGUUGAAAGGUACAGAGAGUGGGCACUAUAUUGUUUUUAUUUUAUUUUUAUUAUUACCUCAAUUUGUCGGAGGUUUUUUUCUCUCUUUUACCCCUACAUUGGUGAUUACGGAGUUGGUGUUUUUCUAUCUCUCUUCUUUUCUUUGGAUAAAUCUGCUUUCUUCUUCUACCCUGUUACCUCCUAGGAGUACUGGGAUGGAUGGGUUCUUGUGCAUAAUUUGUCUUUCUCAGUUGUGACUCGAUCUUUUUAUUUUCCUCUUGCCUAUGUUGUUAGGUAGAGUGUUUGGAUUCCCUGUAGUGUGAUGGUGGAUUAUCAUGAUUGCUUUGGUCAGAAAUGCUUUAGCAUACGGUACUUCCUAUGGCACUGGUAUGGAGCAUGCCUAGUUUUGACUUCUUCCAAUUUCGAAUUAGGUUGCGUUUCUAUCUUUUAUUUUUAUUUUUUUUGUGACGAAAUUGGGAGCGAACUUGGGAAGGGGGGGAGGGGUGGGGUGUCGGUAUAGUACUCGUACAAUAUAUUUGUUGGGGAGAAAUUUGAUUAUAUGCUAUGUUGCGCUAGGGCGGGCCAGGCUUUUUUUUUUCCUUUUUUUCGAGGAUAUGGAAUUUGGGAACAUACUCUAUAGAUUACCGCAUAAGUAAGGUUUACAUGAGAGUGAAAAAAGCGGGCAUUAUUAUUUUUUUGUUUUGCAGGAAGGAAAAAGGAAAAAAAGGAAAGAUGAAAGGAUAUUUAGCACAUCACCGCGAUAAAACGGCCCGUCCGGGUGAUCCCACAUGUCCCACUCAAUAAUCGCUCUACCGCUUCACCCGUUUAUUCGUCCCCGCCCUCAUCUUUCCCUUCCCCCCAUCCUCAUCCUCAUCCUCAUCCUCGACCUCCGCAUAAAUAGUCUUCGGCUGUGUCUCCUUCCAUGCAGCCGUGAACACGGGCUCCCUCUCCGCCACAUCCGCAUACUUUAGCAAUGCCUCUCUGGGAUCCUCAUCGCGCAUACUGCUCAAGCCAAUGCUUCUCUCAAUAUGUGCCUGAUCUGGCUGACUCUUCCCCCACGGUGUCUGCGCUGGCAUUGUUGGUCUACGCUUAUCCGCCACGACGCUUUUCUUGGCGAGCAGAGCAUUGGGAAGGAUUACCGCGUCACCGGAGAUGGUUGUUAGAUCUGUUGUUGUGAUGUCGGAGUUGUGGUCGUCGAUGUGGCGCUUCCGUGGGGCGCGCGAGAGGAGGGUUGUUGCGCCCUUGCGCGAGAUGGUUGGGGAGUACAGGAUGUGUAGGCACCCGUGACCGGAGCCCGUCAGGAUUUGAUUUAUAUUGGCAUGCCAGGUUAUGCUGGUCAAUGGGGAUGG